AUGUCGCCAUCAAAGGAAAAGCGGUGGCUUGUUCGAGACCCGAGGCUAUGCGAUCGUGAUGCGACGGCGAGAAGACUCGUGAUGGCUCGAGCAAGGUGGACGAACAAACAUGCUCCCUCCGGCGUGUUCGAGAUUCGAUGCUGCAUGAUCGUGACGCGACGGCAAGGAGACGCGUGA